CCGAUCCUCGCACCCGCUCACAUAUACACGAGCGUAACGGAGCCGACGUGCCCACGCCGUCUCGCUCGCCGUCGUUAUCCCUUGCCGGGGUGAGAUUCGCCGCUGCUCCAGUCGACCCACUCUCUCCUUUGCACCGGCGGCAUUCGUCUCCAGGCAUAUCCUUAUUUCGCUCUUUUAAGUAUCCUACCCUACACUCCCACUAGGCAAUCAUGGCGGCAGCUCUACUGGCAGGCAUUAGCUUGGGGGACACACUGGGGGUGACCUUCCUUGGCGUGUGUGUAUCAUCAAUGUUGUAUGGCGUGACGUGCCUUCAAACGUUCCACUACUACCGUUCGGCGAAGGCCAAGAGUGAUAGCUGGUCGGUGUGGUUCAUGGUGGCUGCGCUACUUGUAUUUGACAGCGGCCACCAGGCGAUUGUUAUUCACGCCGUGUAUAAUUACUUGAUCCUUGACUUCGCAAACCCGAUAAAAGUGAUCCAGAUGGUUUGGAGCAUUCCGACGGAGGUCGUGUUCAACGCUAUACUCGCCAUCAUCCUGAACGGGUUCUUGACCGUGCGCCUCUUCAAAGUCAGCAAGUCGUUCGCACUCACGGUCAUCGCGACUUUGCUUUCCCUCGCGAACUUUGGAACGAACCUGGCGUAUGCCAUUCGAGGCUACUCCUUCGACAACAUAUUCGCGGCAGAGAUCGAACUACGCACCCAAGGCAUCGCGGGCUUGUCCAUCUCCGUCGCUACCGAGUGCAUGAUCUCGUUCUCGCUCGCGUACUACCUCCAUACCCGUCGCACAGGCCUGCGCCAGUCGAACGAUAUCAUCACGAAGCUCAUCGGGCUUUCGGUCACCACGGGUCUGCUCAUCGCUGCAUUCAACGUCGCCGACCUCAUUGCAUAUGUGACCGCGGACAAGAACCUCUACGUUCUCUUCUUUAACUUCAUGCUCGGAAAACUAUACGCCAACUCGCUCCUCACCUCAUUGAACAGCCGCGGGUAUAUCCUCGGGGUUCUCGGGGACAGCCAGCCGUCGCGCUCGAACCAGGAGAACAUCAAGCUCUCGCAGACGGGUGCGCGGUUCGGCCAGAGCAGCCGCUCGGGCGGCAGCGACCCGCGCAUCGGCAUCUCUGCGAACGGGAUCGGGUCGCAGCAGGUGCGCAUCGCGAUGAACCGCUUCGUUGUCACGGAUUCGGAGGUGGAUGAGGCGCGGAAGUUCGAGAGCGUUUGAUACCUGGAGGUGUUUGUUUUUCUCGCUUCUUGUCAAUUUGUAUCGUUUAUUUGUUCAGUGUAUCCGACCAAUGUCUACGUUUGGAGUGUUUUAAGAAUGUUUGCAGUGAACGACGCCACUAUUUCCUUGUAUUUUGUGUUAGGAUAUGCAGGAAGAACGACGAAAAUACGUAUCUUGUAGCCAGC